AUGGAUCUUACAUGUAAAGAAAAAAGUCUUCUAUACUUCAUUUUCUUGUCUAUCUGCUCUGCCAGCGUUUCUGUUGGUGCCAGAAGAUCAAAUGCGCGGAGAUCAGAACGUCUAAGUCCUCCAUUAGACAUCCAGCUGGAGACACUCAACUGUAGCGCCUUCAGUGUGCGAUGGAAGAUGCCCCGCAGACAUGUCAGCACAAUCACUGGAUACAAGAUCUUUUACACAGAGAUAAAGAAUGGACACCCAGUUAGUACAACAUCCAUCAUGGAAGUGCCUCUGAGUUUGGACAUGCUAACCACUGGGCAAUUUGAUGGACAAGCAAGUUUUGAUGUAGACAUUGGAAACCUAAAGGUGAAUUCCAACUACAGAGUCAGCGUUGGUGCAUACGGCUGGACCGGGGAGGGCAGACCAAGCAUGCCCAGAGACAUCAGUACUGCCUCACAUGAGAUGUGUAUGCCCCCUUCACCACCAACUCAGCCAGUCGUCAUGGCCGUAUCAGACACAGAGUUGGCCUUAUCAUGGCAGGAAGGAGAGAGUCAGGGAAGCUCCCCUGUUCUUCACUUUUUGGUGGCUUACAUCAGGCCAGAAAUGGACACAGAGUGGACUUAUAUACGUGAGCCCAUUGAGACCAAUUCCAUGGUUUUAAAAGGCUUGUUACCAGAAACAGAGUACCAGUUUGUUGUCAGAGCGGUCAACAUGCAUGGUGUGAGCCCACCAAGUCACAUCAACAUCCCUGUGCGAACCCUUGGUCCAAUGGAUGUGGGAAGUGGUGAUUUGGGGCUUUACCGCACAGAUUCUAGAUUUAAAGAUGAAGAUGGAUUUGACAUUGAUGACUCAGAUUAUGAUGUCUUUAUUGAAGAGUUGAAGCCAUUUCCAGGUAUCACUGAGAACAACAGGAAAUCCCAACUGCGCUCACACCCCGGACCACCAUCUGGACGCAAUGUUAUUUACCGCAUGAACACCAACGUCCCUCCAAAUGUCACUGAUCAACCAGUUACUACGACAACCUCCUCCAUACUUUUAGACUUCACAGAUCUGGCUUUGGCGUCAGAGCCCAGUAACACUGCUGACACCCCAACCAUUGCCCUACCUACCACCACGAGCUCACCAUUGCCCACCACUUCUGUUCCUACUAUCUCACGAUGGCAAGGUGAGAUACCUCGUGUGAAUGACUUGACUUGUGGAGAUACUGUGUGUCCACCUGACAGUUUCUGCCUCACUGAUUAUGAGAGUGGAGGUUCGCGCUGCCACUGUAACCUUGGACGCAGAGGCGACACUUGCUCUGAGGCUGUGACAGUGAACUUUCCCAGGUUCUAUGGCUACUCUCACAUGACAUUUGAACCCCUGAAAAAUUCCUACCAGACCUUUCAGAUCACUCUAGAGUUUAAGGCAGAAUCUGAGGAUGGCUUAUUGCUUUACUGUGGAGAGAAUGAACAUGCUCGUGGAGACUUCACAUCAUUAGCUUUGGUUCGUGGUAAACUAAACUUCAGGUUUAACUGCGGCACAGGUCCUGCACAUAUAAUCAGUCAGAGUCCUGUUGUUCUUGGUCAGUGGCACAUUGUUACUGUAUUCAGAGAUGGCACAAGUGGCUGGCUACGUAUGGACAAUGAUAACCCCAUAUCCGGGCGCUCACAGGGUCAAUACACUAAGAUUACUUUUCGCUCACCACUGUAUGUGGGUGGAUCUCCGAACACUUACUCGCUGGUCAGGGCGACAGGCACAAACCGUGGCUUUGUAGGCUGCAUCCAGAGUCUGACCAUCAACAGCAUGGCUACAGACAUCAGGCCAUGGCCUGUGGGCAAAGCUCUGAGUGGAGCUGAUAUAGGUGAGUGCAGCGACAGUGUGUGUGACAAGGUCAGCUGUGCCAAUGGUGGAUCCUGCUUUGCCAACCGCGCUGAUGGCUACAUUUGCCUCUGUCCACUUGGCUUCAAGGGAGCUCUUUGUGAAGACAGUUUCUCUCUGUCUUCACCACUUUUCAAUGAAACUGUGUUUUCAUAUGCUGUCCUCCCGUGGCCUCAGUCCCCCCAGAGUUACCUCUCCUUCAUGGAGUUUGAGGUGACAUUCUGGCCAUCCGUGCCCAGUGGGGUGCUACUGUAUAGUGAUGAUGCAGGCAGUAGAGAUUUCCUGGCUAUAAACAUGGUGGAUAGAUAUGUGGAGUUCAGAUUCGACUGUGGUUCUGGAGAAGCUGUAAUACGGAGUGAGGAACAAAUAAGUCUGGACUCGUGGCAUGAGUUGAGAGUAUCUCGCACUGCUAAAAGUGGGAUCUUGCAAGUAGACAACCAAAAGCCAACUGAGGGAAUUGUUGAGGGAGCCUUCACACAGAUCAACUGCAGUUCACCUCUCUAUGUUGGUGGAGUCCCAGAUUACGAGAAAACCAAGAGGGCAGCAGGCGUUGUAAAACCUUUUACUGGAAUAAUUCAAAAGCUGAUCCUAAAUGACCGCAGCAUGCCAAUCACUGUGGGCUCUGCUACUGGCAUAAAUAUUGAAAACUCAGCUCACCCCUGUGUGGAAAGUCCCUGUGCCAAUGGAGGGACCUGCAGGCCAAAGUGGGACCACUAUGAGUGUGACUGCCCUCUAGGUUAUGAUGGAAGGCACUGCCAGAAAGAGUGUGGGAAUUACUGUUUGAACACUGUGACUGAAGCCAUAGAAAUACCCCAGUUUAUUGGCAGAAGUUACCUAACCUAUGACAACAGAGAUAUCCUGAAAAGAGUGUCUGGGUCCAGGACAAACCUGUUCAUGCAUUUUAAAAGCACGGCCAGGGAUGGUUUGUUGCUCUGGCGUGGAGACAGUCCGAUGAGACCCAACAGUGAUUUUAUUUCCAUGGGGCUUCAGGAUGGAGCUCUCAUUUUCAGUUAUAACUUGGGCAGUGGUGCGGCUAACAUUGUUGUCAAUGGAACAUUUAGUGAUGGAAAGUGGCACAGAGUCAAGGCUGUAAGAGAUGGCCAAUCAGGAAAGCUGACGGUUGAUGAUUACGGAGCCAAGACAGGAAGGGCACCUGGCAAGAUGAGACAACUAAAUAUAAAUGGACCCUUAUAUGUGGGUGGCAUGAAAGAGAUCGCCCUUCAAACAAACAGACAGUACCUGGGGGGACUGGUGGGUUGCGUGUCACAUUUCACGCUCUCCACUGACUAUCACUUAGCUUUGGUAGAGGACGCAGCUGAUGGCAAGAACAUCAACACCUGCUCCAACUGAAGGAUUUUUUUCACAAGAGGCUCAAUUUUUAACAUGUUUUCCAACUGGAUCUGUCAACCUGAAUCUGAGUAAACCAAAGCAGUAAAAAUUAAUGUGUUUAUUUUUUAUUAUUUUUUAUUAGAUUAAAGGGUGUGCGUUGAGAGCACCCUGAAAAUAAGAACAGUUAUGUCAUAUGAAUGUUCUCAUGAUCUCUCUGCUGAGAUAUAGUUUAUUGUAAUUUCUUUAAAACUUACUGUUCUGAAAAAAAGCAGACUUCAAAGGCACAAGUGCUUUGUCUAAAGACACGUGUUGGUGGUCAAUUAUGUUCUUUGUAAAAAUUUAGCAAAUAUGUCAAUCCAUGAGGGAAAGAAAACUUUUUUGGGAGACAAUUUCAAAAACAUGUUUACUUUCUUUGAAAGCCUUCUUUGAUUGCUGGAAGAACCGAAUUACACAAAUGGAGAAAAUUCACCAUGAACUUGAGCAGCUGACAAAACCUUUUUUCCAGAUUUUAGUUUUGACCCUUUAGGACAUUUGUUGUCUAAGGUGUAAUAGUUGUUUUCUUGUAUGAAGUGUUUUGUCAUUAGAUCCGUACAUUUUGUAAAGUAACGUUUUAUCAUGUUUUUAUUUUUAGAGGGUUUAGUUUUAUACAGUAAUGAGGUCAACUGCUUGUAAAAGUCCCCCCUCCCUCCUUUAGCCUACUUAUCCUUCAUUUGGAUCUUUCAGGUUUAGUCACAUGAAACUCUGAUCUGGACACAUGGUUUAUUUUGGUGGGAAUGUGAGAGGUAUUGCUGUCACAUGACAAACCACAUUUAAUAAGUUGUCCAGCCAUUAAAUUUCAUUUGUUAUACUGUCUUUGACACUAGUAAAAAAAAUCUUAUGUAAAUGUUGCAUCUAUAUAUGAUUCUAAGUAUUUUCUUUAUGCUGUAAAAGCACAUUUACUUUUCAAAUACAGUGUAAGGCUUGUCUCAAUUUAGAUUAAGACUACACCAUGAAAAUGAGAAUCUGCCAGACCAUGGAUGGUUCUGUAGGCUCAUGGGCGAGUCCAGAAAGUUUCACUGUACCGAAUAUUUUUAGCAUGCCAAAACAUCUGUGGGGACAUCAUGGUGGCAGCACAUGCAUGGAGCAUGGAGCAGACUGAUAGCAGCCAUUGAAACUUGCCCUUGAUGUGUUAGCGCCUAGAAUUUUAAAGAAAUUGGUUAUAUAUUGGUAUAUAAUAUUGGUUAAAGGCUACAACACAAUCGCUCUCAAUUUGAGCUGUCAUUGCUUUCAAGUAUAUAACACGGUGACACAUUUGCUCCACACGUUGCCUCAAGUUGAAACCAAAAUAAGCAAUUUCAAUUAACAGAGGCCUAUCAUCACGUCAAUUGUUUCCAGAGCCCAGUAGAUGGCAUGGACAGAAGACAGCUGCUCGCAUUAGAGAAGCCUGCACACCUCCAACUUUCUAGUAAGCUUUUUUACUGGAGUUGAAACUGUGUCUGCCACAUUGGCAAAUAGAAGUCCAUGUUUAUUUAUUAUAGGAAAAAAAAAAAGGUUUUAAUUAUUUUAAUUAACUAAUGACUAUUUUGAGUUAUGUGUCCAGAGUGAAAAAAAGAGAUGCAAAAAAUACACAGGAAAAAAAUGGUAUAAAUAAUACUGAUAAGCUUUAUAAAAAAAAAUAGCAAUAGCAUUUUCAUAUUCACAGGAAUCUGGAACUUUCAAGCUCCUAUAUCAUACUUUUUAAACCUUUCAAAGUAAACCAACUUCAAAUAUUUCAUGAAAUGAUGCCUUUAGCACUACAGAGUAUUCAUCCGUUGUGAAAUAUAGUUGUUUUCAUCCAACUAUGAACCAAAAUAAUUGCCUUCAAAGAGGCAGUCCCUCCAAUCAUAAUGUUGCCUUCCAAUCACACAGCUGAAGUUUGAACAAAGUUAGACACCUCUUGAGGCCAUAAAAACAGAUUUUCAAGACUAAGACAUGAACUAAACAAAGGAAAGGCUUCACAACUUUCCUUUCAAAGGGUCACAACUUUUAAAAAAGCCACCUAGAGCAGGAAUCCUCACAUUCUUCCUCUCAUCACCCCUAUCUGAUUAGAGAAACACUGUGGAAGGAGAUAUUGCUGUGUAUAUAUUCUCUAUCCACUUGUUUACAGAGCACAGGGAGGGGAUGUAGAACUCAUCAGGUUUACUGCGAGAUGCAUGAAUCAAGCAAAAUACACUUUUUGUCCAGGGUUUUGAUAAGGAAAGCUCUCAUUUGUAAAGUCAAAUUUAGUAAACAUUGCUCCAUGAUGUGACACCCAUGGCUUUAGCGAUGUAGUAAGAUGGCUUAAAAGGAAGAGGUGGUAAAACCUCUUUAUCGGGUAGUGUGGAUCGGUGCAAUCAAUGACAGGCUUCAGUCUGGAAAAAGGUUUUUAAAAUUGGACUGCAUUUUCUUUCCUUUGCAUUUGCAUCAAAUUCUAAACUCUACUGUUUUUCUUGAAUGAUCAUUUCCCCUCAGUUUGUUCUCUCCAAGAUUAUGUUUAUGGCAGAGCCAUUAUCAGUUAACCAUAUAAUUUAUUUUUGCAAAACAUGAAAUAGUUCUCCUACUGAUGUUAAAAUGACCAAAAGAAAGGCACUUAUUAAGAUAUAGGUCAAGUGUAUAUAACUGUAGAAGGUGAGUGUAAGUCCAGAUGGGUACAGAAUGUUCAUUAGGCCUCAUUAAAUAAUUAGGAUAUCUGUAUAGACUUAAUUGUGCGUGAUCCUAGGCAGUAGUAACAUUUUAGUGAGCAUGUAUUGUCUCUGUAGGUCAAGGUUGGAUUUAUUUUUGCUGCCCACUUUGAAAAUAUUUUUGUAUAAUUAUUUUGCUCUGUUAAAGUUUGUGCUUUAUCCUAUUUUUAAAAGAACUAUAAAUUUGACUGGGUUUGUAGUUUUGAAAAUGUAAUUAAUAGCUACGCCUCAAACCACUCAUCACCACUCAAUAACAUAAAAAAAAAAGGCCUCAAAUUCUUUCUAUUGAUAGCAAUGAGGGUAGGCUUUUCAACAAGUGUAUUAUUUCAGGACCUUUUUUUUUUUUUUUUACAAAAAGCACAGUUUGUAAUUAAUAUCAUUAAGUUUUCUUCAAAAACUCUAUUGCAGUAAAUAUUUGUACUUGGUUAAAGGCGAAUAUGUUAAAAAUGACAAAGACCUACCUUUCUUCUGCAGCGUGUGACAUUAAGACCUGUUGUUUGAACUUACUAUUUAACUCUUUAAUGUUUCUCUAAGUUGUGGGAAGUGUAACCUGGUGAACCGAGCAGAGCUGUCAUGUUCUGAGAAGUCUGCUGGUACCUGGUUUGAAAUCCCAUAGAUGCCACUUCUAAUGAAAGAUUGUUACCCCGCGGGUGCUGCAAACUGCUCACUGCUACCUACAGGAUGGGUUAAAAGCAAAUUUUACUGUAAAGCACAUUUGCAAUUACCAAUAAAGUUUAUUAUACUUGUCUUAAAUCA